AUGACUCGUGACGUUUUCGCCUUUCAGGUGGAGGUCUUUUCCAAAGUAAUGGGGAGGACGGGAUCGCGGCCCACCAUACACUCCAUCCUACAUGCGGUAGAGGCGAUUCGAAUAUGUCCGGACGCCAGCACGGGUGAACACACCCACCAGGUGAACAAGUCUGGAAGGGGUGUGGACUGCGGUAGGAGCCCUUCACUGCACAUGGCUAAGCGGGCGAACGUCAACAGCGCAUUCUUGGCGUUAUCCAACGGGCUGCCGUACAGAGUCACUAAGUACAACCGACAGACAAAAAUGCACGAGAUCGUCACCGUUCGACCUGGUGAUGGCUGUGUCCGGCUCAUGCAGUCGCUGGCGAGCUUCCUCGGCCAUGACCGCGUGCCCACAGACAUUCACGCCGAGGCGGUUCAGACGCCAGCACAGCUUAGCGGACAGUACCCGGGAUCUGCGGUUUGGACCGCUUCUCUGUUCAACAACGGGGACGAGCAGCAGCUAGAUGGCGACUGGCGUCCUCGCCUGGUGUCCAGCAAGUUCCGCCCAGACGAACAGACCUUACUGCGCGCAUACCAGACGUACUACGGAUGCGGCAUGGCGGGUCCGUGCUCAAGCAGCCGCUGCCCGAAUUGCUGGGACGGAGACACCCUUCAACAAGCUUCCAUCGACUGCUCCCGGUACAUCCGGGCACCCAUGGUAGCAAGUUGUGGCCUUGGUCGCUUGAAGGGCGGCGAUGUGAAGUCGGCGGCGCAGGCUGGGCCGCGUGACGAGUGGGCUCUCGGGAGUGGCGGAGGGGACAACGUAGAGGUGUACAAGCAACUUCCCCCGAUGCCCGCGGCGGGCCGUGCGGAUCCUACAGAUCUAACCCUGGUGAAGGUUCUGUACUUCUUCCGGCACAAGGCCAAUCGGCCUUUGAUGGGUGGGAACCCACCACCGCUCACGUGGUGGGUGCUCGGUUACGAGUACACUGGGGUUGCUCACGCCAACGACCGCGUCCCCGAUUCUAUCACCGGGCAUCCGACGCUGAACCUUCGAGCCCGCGGCCGUCCGGCGGUGUACCCUGUAUCUGCCAUCUAUCGGCAGGUGCAUCUCUACCACGCAUGCUCGCUGAGCGGCGAAGGUGAAACUGGCAGCUCUCACGUUUGUGGGGUAGUGACGGGCGGGGAAGGGUCGGGUCGUGGGGCUGGUGCUUGGCGCCACAGAUUCCGCCAGGCUACGCCGGGUACCACCGGGUAUGACAAGUACCUUUUGAAUGAGUGUCAUCACUCCAUCAACCAAGACACUUUCGUCUGAGCACGUCGGGCGUGUCAGAGCCGAGAGAGGUGGCGGUGAGGUCCGGGCGGGCGGAACAGGGUGAUGGCUACAGCGGUAGGGCGAUAGGCCGGCUCACGGACAUCACGCGAUGGACGGGCUGCAGCCUGGAGGGGUAUAAAACAGCCACCCCGAUAUCAUGAAACAUUGACUAAAUUAUACGUGUACGAUGUAAUGCGCCUACUUUCGUCCUCUGUUGGAGAGUCAAUACUUCAACAUGACAGGAGAAUAGUGGGGAUGAUUGCCGACGGAUACGCACAUGCGCGGGCAGGGUGUGACUUGUUGCUUUUUUCUCCAAAAGCAAGGACAGAUUUAGUACUGCUGUUUGAUUUAGUCAACUCCGUAUAAUAGGCAACUAAUUAUACUUCGCCGGCCGCGGUGUUGCCUCUUUAUUGUGUGUGCUCU